AAGAGGGCGUGGCUCCGCGGUGACGUUCAGUGUUUAUGUCAAAACCGAGCAGCAAACAGUCAAAAUCUGUCAGACCUUCAAACCGUGGACCAUAAACGCGUGCCGUAGUGUCACCCCUGCCUGGGUGCCAUGCUCCUCUGUUCCACAUGAGCUCUACUAUGUGGUACAUCAUGCAAAGCAUUCAAAGUAAAUACUCCUUGUCUGAGCGGCUCAUUCGCACCAUUGCAGCCAUUCGCUCAUUCCCACAUGACAACGUGGAGGAUCUCAUACGUAAGGGGGCUGAUGUAAAUCGAAUGCAUGGAACCCUUAAGCCCCUGCACUGUGCCUGUAUGGUUGCUGAUGCUGACUGUGUGGAGCUGCUGUUGGAGAAGGGGGCAGAGGUGAACGCAUUGGACGGAUACAACCGCACAGCACUGCACUACGCUGCAGAGAAAGACGAGAGCUGCGUGGAGCUGCUGUUGGAGUACGGGGCCCAGCCAAACGCCCUGGAUGGUAACAAAGACACUCCACUCCACUGGGCCGCCUUUAAAGAUAACCCAGAGUGUGUGAGGGCCCUGCUGGAGAGUGGAGCCUGUCCCAAUGCUCGGGACUACAACAAUGACACACCUUUGAGCUGGGCAGCCAUGAAGGGUAACCUGGAGAGUGUCAAAGUGCUAUUAGACUACGGAGCCCAGGUCCACGUGACCAACCUGAAGGGCCAGACCCCUAUCUCCCGACUGGUAGCCUUGUUAGCCCGGGGCCUGGGCACAGAGCAGGAGGAGGAGUGCCUGGAGCUACUGUGCAGGGCAGCGGGGCGCUUUGAGAUCCGACGGGCUGACGGCACCCUUCCCAGGGAGCUGAGUAAAGACCCCCAGCUGCUGGCGAGGCUGACCAGCAUGGUAGCUCAGGCUCCCACGCUUCGUUCUCUAGCCCGCUGUGCUGUCCGGCAGAGCCUCGGAGUGCAAUUCCUUCCCCACUGCAGUAAAGAGCUUCCUUUACCAGAGACUAUCAAAGACUAUCUACUGCUCAGAGGACUGUAUGUGAUAAGAACCGUAAGGGAUGGUGGCUCUUAGACCUCAGUGGCUGAUUCUGAUACAGCUCAACACACUGCAUUCCAUAACCAUGUCUCUAAACUGAGAUGGAGGAUUUGUCUCACAACAGCACUUAAUUGUCAUGAAAUUAUUUAGAUUUAUGCAUUGGCAGAGGCGCACAAAAUUCUCUACUUUUUUUUAUUAUGUCGGUUGCACAACCUUUAUGUGAAUUGAUUACAGGUCGACAUGUCGGAUCAGUUCUGGCUUUAGGAGGAGGAAUGAACCUUAUUUUCAUAUUGUCACUUGAAGAAAAUGCAGUUCCUGUGACACCCCCCCCAAAGCAUUUAAAUGUCAAUACAGUUUUUUGUUUACUCUGCAUGUAGUUAAGAUAGAAAUGUAAACUUUCUGAGCUCUAUCUUUGCAUUGGGCUGUGCAAUCACAUAAAAAAAAAAUCAUUUGAAAAAAAAAACAUUUAUUAUGAAUUCAAACUUCAGUCUGUGCUUUGAAACAAAGCAUGAAGAAAACGUAGAUUGUUUAAUACAGUGUCAGCAAAUAUGAUGUGCAUUUGCUGAUAAGUUUGGAUGUUGAUUUAUAUUUGAAUUAUGAAUGACAAACAGUGUCAGGUGAUGAUUGAUUGUUCUCCAUGUUUUUCCUCAAUAAUGUCCUAUUGAACUCACAAUGCAGCCACUUGAAUAAUACAAAAUGGAGUGAAACGAUCAUAACAGAAUAGAUUGUGCCCAAUGCAGUUUGUAGAAGAGAUAGAUGCUCAUAAGUCACCGGUGUUGAGUUGGGGAAAAAAGAAAGUUUCAGGUACAUGAUUCUUGCCUCCGUUGAGUCCACUGAAUUGUACAGCGUGAUGUCAAAAUGCUUGCGAUCAUAUGUGGUUAAAUAUUUAUAUGGGCUUUAUUUUAAUUAAGGGUGGUGUUGCCAAGGAUGAGUCACAGUUUUUGUACUGGUCACUGGUUUUGCAGCUUCUGUUAAAAAAAAACAAAACAAAACAACAACUUUAUUUUUAAAUUAAUGUUUAAAUGUCUAAACCAUGAAAUGGCAUGUUUACUAACUUUUUGUCCUUUAAAGAUUCACUAAAUAAGCUAGAAAAAUGUAUUAAGUUUGUUACGCAUUUGUCUAAAUCUGACCAUUUCUGUGCUCUAUUUUAUUUGUUUGUUCUGACGGUGUAUAAAGAUGCCCUCUUAGAUAAUGUCCCGUGUAUGAACUGAGAAAGUGCUUUUUUGUUGUCAACGUAUUGGAAGUAAAUGCCUUUAUAUUCAA